AAACCCUCCUGAUCGUCAUCCUCACCAUCUUUCCCCUCUACUACAGUCAGUACUAUUCUUCAAACUAGUGAGUCAUCUUCACUUCACUCUGUGACCACAAACAACGAUGAGAGCCAUAGAAACACUCCCGACAACCUCUUAAAACCACGUCGCCAACUUCAUAUAGGAGCUUUCAACGUCAGGACCCUCUGUCAAAUGAGACAGCAGGCAACACUAGCCAGAACUCUGUCAUCUCGAGCCAUGGAUGUAUAUUGUAUUUCGGGGACACGCGUACAAGACCCAAGUGUGAUCAUUCACUUAAUCUCACCCGGCCAACAAAGUGAAUCUGCAAAAUUCACCCUAAGGCUGUCAGGAGACACCUCAGCUAGUUCACAAGGACUUGCAGGUGUAGGGAUAGAAUUGAGUGUUAGCGCAGAAAAAUCACUUCUCGGCUGGAUCUCAGUGGAUAGUCGUAUUUGUGCAGUCCGUCUGAACGGGUCCGUUAGAAGAAGGACGGCGUUACGCAUAGUUGUCUUUUCAUAGUCUCCGCUAACGCCCCAACCCACUGCAUUUCAGAUGAUCUAAAGGAUGGUUUCUACCACUGCCUAGUUUGCUGCGAAAAUGUGGUGAUUGACAAUUUCUAUCUCUGAAUUGUUUAA